AUGUCUUACCUGGAUGCGGCCCAGUCAAGCCGAGUCUCUCAUGCAUAUCUAACGCUCGGCUUGGUACCCAUCAGCACGCAAUACAAUUCAGGUGCCAGAGCAUUUGCAAAACAUCGACGCAAGAUCGCCAUCCAAGAUGAGAAGCUUGCGCUUUCCCGAGAAGAAGUCGUGCAAGAUCCACGAUUAAACGCAGAGGAGCCUUUUCCGUUUAUGGAUUUACCUGCAGAGAUCAGAGUGAGGAUAUAUCAAUACGCAUUAGCACGGCCACGGAGAUUGCAUCUGGAAGUCAUGCGAACACCUGCUCUAGCUUGUGUCAGCAAGCAAAUCAGACAAGAAUGCCUGGCAACGUUCCUGCGUGUAAACAGUUUUCAAGCUUCUUAUACGAGGGGUCUUGACGGAACCUUUGGUCUAACUUUUGCGGACGAGACUUUAGCAUGGUUGAAGACACUGCCGUUCACAACGAGAAUGAUUCAAGAUAUCAGAGUCACGUUCCAAGGGGAUCUCGGACAGCGAGGCCACAGAUCAGUCAUCUUCCAGAUCAUCGCCACGGCAAAGGAAACCUGGGUUAACCACUUUGAUCGCUGGUGUCCCUUUUGCAUAGAUGGCUUUUAUGGCUCUUACUACCAUCUGCCACAUCCUAACUACGAUCACCCUUGUCUGAAGACUAAUCCUCUCAAGCUCAAAGGCAUGCACGAUGAAUUCGUGGCCGCUGUAGAACGUACCUACUUCAAGGACUCAGACGAGUGGGGCAGAGGCGGUCUUUCCAUCUCUGAAGUUAUCGAUCUGGGCGGAGCGGCGGAUGAAAUCAAACAGAAUCCAGAUGUGUUUAUUCCGUUUUGCUUCUCAAUACAAAAGCUGAUUGAGCAUACGGAUAAGAUUGAGAAGUGGGCAGGUGUUUAUAGUGACUACUUGGCUUCGCAAAGGGCGCAGGAGGCUUUGUUGGAGGCUGAUGGACUUGCGCAAGAGGAUCCUGCUUUGCAGUGGACAGAUGAUUGA